CGGUAUAUAGAUAACGUCCAAGCGUCGAGGGUGCAUGGCAUCAUCGUCGGAAGCGGAGCUCAUGGACGUACCCCUGUUCCCGACGCCGCCGGCGCGUUGGAGCGUCGCAACACCCUUCAGUGACGUGCCGGACGUCGCGACGUUACCACGCGCUCCGGUAAGCAUUCUGCCGCAAGUUCGCGCACAAGAUGCCGCGCUCGAACAGGGACCGACAGGGUACAAACAAUCCUCCUGCACCAGGAAGCGGCGUUGGGUCCGCAAAAACUCGAUCCACCCGCGCAUCGCCCUCGUCAAGGAUGCCGCCCGCCGUCGCGUCACCGAGUUCUGCGUAAGGAUGUCGGAGCGUCGUGUGAAACACGAUGAGAGGAACGACGAUGACGAUGUCGUUUGCGGCAUCCUAAAUGUUGCAGAUACGCCAGCCACGAUAUCCGAAGAGCUUUCGCCUCGCAUGAAAAACGGCAUAAUACGAACCAAAUGGACAAAGUCUGUGGCUGUUCAGACUAUAAUAGGUUUGCCAUUGCGAUUGAGAGUUCUACCGUCUCUCAGGGACAUUGAAGAAAAUAACGACGGAAAUCCGUCGAAUUCAAGAUUCUCGACAUUUCUGAAGUAUCUGAGAUUUCUGGGACGAUUGGCAUUCUCGCAAUUUGGUCUUCUAUGGUUCCUUGUGAUCUGGACAGUAGCAGGUGCGGCGGCGUUUUGCGCCACGGAAGGUCCUCGUGAGCGCGAGCAAGUCGUAUUACUGAAGAACAUGCAGAAAGACCUGGCGGUCGGUUUGGCUACAGAGCUGCGACAGCUGCGCACCGAACAGGAUCAGGACGUGGAACCGUUGUGGAGCGACAAAGUUCGUCAGUACGUGGCGAAACACGAGAAACUCCUCUUAGCCGCCGUCGCUUCCGGCUAUGGCGAAGGUGGCAAUAGUGGACAGCUGUGGACAUUUCCCGGUUGCGUGCUGUUCGCAAUCUCACUGAUUACUACUUUGGGUUUCGGAGCACCAGUUCCGCGUACCACUGCCGGCCGCACGGUUGGAGUGGUUUUCGCCGCCAUUGGCAUUCCCGUGCAUUUUCUUCUUAUCCUGAAUUUCGGUCUGAUGGCAGUCCUCCGUUUGCAAAGGUACGCGAACGCUAGGCGAAACUCGCAACUUGGCAACGCGGAACCAAAGUACUCCCUGCCGAUACCGAGAUGGGUCAAAAUCGUGCCAUUCGUUUGUUCAGUCGCUUACUACGUUUUGGGAAUACUGUGCUUCGGCAUAGCACGAUCGAGGCCGAUCGCAGCGAGCGUGCUUUUCCCGUUGGAUUUCACUGCAGCGGGCGGUCUUUCGACUAUCGUCGGCCACGUACGUAUAUUGUACGGGUUAUAUUUGGAAGGUGCUGUUACCAUUGCAGCGAUAACGGUAGCCGUAUUACAAGUAUCAGCAACACAGAGUCUCACCAACAUCGGGUUGAAAUACGGCUUACUGAUCGAGGCUUAAAGUUGUAAAUUCGCGACGAUGCAAAGAGAUAUUUUUAACAUCUUGUAGAUGACUUGUCGGUACUAUUGUUAAUCCUUUAUAGAUUAUCAGGACUUUAGAGCUCCAGUGAGGGAGAAUCAUAUUCCUUUUCAUCUACAUUUUCUUGCUUCUUUGGUCUUCAAUAAAAUCUCUACGUUCACGUGUUUUGGAAUUUACAAACUAUUGUAGGUAGGAAUUAUUAAUAAGAAAUAUCACGUAUUAUGUGAAUACAAUACUUUUUAGAAUUAUAAAUAUUAUUCAAGAAAUUCAAGCUAUAAAAGAUUAAUGUUAUCUACACACAGACCGUUACCAUUAAGAGUUACCUUUUAUAGUUUAACAAGUAUAGUUCCGAAUAAAACGAGCAAAUCCAACCAAUAUUUACAUGCUUAUCUUGAAUUACUGCGUUAUUACGUAUGUACAUUAAAAAUCUGUAGAGAUUGUACAUAUAUAUGUAGAUUUUAGGCAACAUACUUCUUAUUUCACAAACUGCAAUGCAUAAUUGUAAUAUAGAAAAACAUAUUAUUUCACGACCGAUGUAAACGUUUUUCGUGCUAAAAAUAUGUAUGUGUAUAGGAAGGCAUAAUUAUAAAGGUUCUUAGAUAUACGAUCAAAAUAUAAGAGUGAGACAUUGAGAGCGCAAGGCACAAUGUAAGUGUGUGAUACAAUUAACCAUGUAUUAAUAUAUUUAUAUUCCUUAUCAGUUAUAUUACGCAUUUAUCCGCGCGCUUCAGGACUGGCUCAUAUUAAUUUUUUUGGAAAUAUAAUCGCGUUGUACAGCAUUCAAUUCAUAAAUUCACAUAUGAAGUUACAUAUGAUAAUAUAAGUAACUUUGCUAUUUGUAUCUUCAUGUAUCUUUAUUUGAUUGCGUUCAUAAACGUAACAAAUGAAGAAAUGUAUAAUCUAUAAUAUACGACUGUACAAUUAGAUCAUGUAAACGAUACCAGACUGACUUCACUUGCUCAUUUGUAAUUAUGUCAGUAUGUUCAGUAAAUUAUGUAAUUUUCGUA